AUGACAGCCAAUAUGUGGAUGUCCUUCCCCUGGCUGCCGCACCGCCCCGCCCGCUGCUUCUUCUUCCUCAGUGCCGCCCGCUCCCUCUCCUCAUGUGCCUCUGUGAACCUGCAGCAUGGAGGAAGAGGUUGGAGGUUUGGGGGGGGUAACGUUAGAGUGAAGGAAAGGAGCAUGGAGUGUGGGCAGCAUGGAGUGUGGGCAGCAUGGAGUGUGGGCAGCAUGGAGUGUGGGCAGCAUGGAGUGUGGGCAGCAUGGAGUGUGGGCAGCAUGGAGUGUGGGCAGCAUGGAGUGUGGGCAGCAUGGAGUGUGGGCAGCAUGGAGUGUGGGCAGCAUGGAGUGUGGGCAGCAUGGAGUGUGGGCAGCAUGGAGUGUGGGCAGCAUGGAGUGUGGGCAGCAUGGAGUGUGGGCAGCAUGGAGUGUGGGCAGCAUGGAGUGUGGGCAGCAUGGAGUGUGGGCAGCAUGGAGUGUGGGCAGCAUGGAGUGUGGGCAGCAUGGAGUGUGGGCAGCAUGGAGUGUGGGCAGCAUGGAGUGUGGGCAGCAUGGAGUGUGGGCAGCAUGGAGUGUGGGCAGCAUGGAGUGUGGGCAGCAUGGAGUGUGGGCAGCAUGGAGUGUGGGCAGCAUGGAGUGUGGGCAGCAUGGAGUGUGGGCAGCAUGGAGUGUGGGCAGCAUGGAGUGUGGGCAGCAUGGAGUGUGGGCAGCAUGGAGUGUGGGCAGCAUGGAGUGUGGGCAGCAUGGAGUGUGGGCAGCAUGGAGUGUGGGCAGCAUGGAGUGUGGGCAGCAUGGAGUGUGGGCAGCAUGGAGUGUGGGCAGCAUGGAGUGUGGGCAGCAUGGAGUGUGGGCAGCAUGGAGUGUGGGCAGCAUGGAGUGUGGGCAGCAUGGAGUGUGGGCAGCAUGGAGUGUGGGCAGCAUGGAGUGUGGGCAGCAUGGAGUGUGGGCAGCAUGGAGUGUGGGCAGCAUGGAGUGUGGGCAGCAUGGAGUGUGGGCAGCAUGGAGUGUGGGCAGCAUGGAGUGUGGGCAGCAUGGAGUGUGGGCAGCAUGGAGUGUGGGCAGCAUGGAGUGUGGGCAGCAUGGAGUGUGGGCAGCAUGGAGUGUGGGCAGCAUGGAGUGUGGGCAGCAUGGAGUGUGGGCAGCAUGGAGUGUGGGCAGCAUGGAGUGUGGGCAGCAUGGAGUGUGGGCAGCAUGGAGUGUGGGCAGCAUGGAGUGUGGGCAGCAUGGAGUGUGGGCAGCAUGGAGUGUGGGCAGCAUGGAGUGUGGGCAGCAUGGAGUGUGGGCAGCAUGGAGUGUGGGCAGCAUGGAGUGUGGGCAGCAUGGAGUGUGGGCAGCAUGGAGUGUGGGCAGCAUGGAGUGUGGGCAGCAUGGAGUGUGGGCAGCAUGGAGUGUGGGCAGCAUGGAGUGUGGGCAGCAUGGAGUGUGGGCAGCAUGGAGUGUGGGCAGCAUGGAGUGUGGGCAGCAUGGAGUGUGGGCAGCAUGGAGUGUGGGCAGCAUGGAGUGUGGGCAGCAUGGAGUGUGGGCAGCAUGGAGUGUGGGCAGCAUGGAGUGUGGGCAGCAUGGAGUGUGGGCAGCAUGGAGUGUGGGCAGCAUGGAGUGUGGGCAGCAUGGAGUGUGGGCAGCAUGGAGUGUGGGCAGCAUGGAGUGUGGGCAGCAUGGAGUGUGGGCAGCAUGGAGUGUGGGCAGCAUGGAGUGUGGGCAGCAUGGAGUGUGGGCAGCAUGGAUGUGGGCAUCAUGGAGUGGGGCAGCAUGGAGUGUGGGCAGCAUGGAGUGUGGGCAGCAUGGAGUGUGGCAGCAUGGAGUGUGGCAGCAUGGAGUGUGGGCAGCAUGGAGUGUGGGCAGCAUGGAGUGUGGGCAGCAUGGAGUGUGGGCAGCAUGGAGUGUGGGCAGCAUGGAGUGUGGGCAGCAUGGAGUGUGGGCAGCAUGGAGUGUGGGCAGCAUGGAGUGUGGGCAGGCAUGGAGUGUGGGCAGCAUGGAGUGUGGGCAGCAUGGAGUGUGGGCAGCAUGGAGUGUGGGCAGCAUGGAGUGUGGGCAGCAUGGGAGUGUGGGCAGCAUGGAGUGUGGGCAGCAUGGAGUGUGGGCAGCAUGGAGUGUGGGCGAGCAUGGAGUGUGGGCAGCAUGGAGUGUGGGCAGCAUGGAGUGUGGGCAGCAUGGAGUGUGGGCAGCAUGGAGUGUGGGCAGCAUGGAGUGUGGCAGCAUGGAGUGUGGGCAGCAUGGAGUGUGGGCAGCAUGGAGUGUGGGCAGCAUGGAGUGUGGGCAGCAUGGAGUGUGGGCAGCAUGGAGUGUGGGCAGCAUGGAGUGUGGGCAGCAUGGAGUGUGGGCAGCAUGGAGUGUGGGCAGCAUGGAGUGUGGGCAGCAUGGAGUGUGGGCAGCAUGGAGUGUGGGCAGCAUGGAGUGUGGGCAGCAUGGAGUGUGGGCAGCAUGGAGUGUGGGCAGCAUGGAGUGUGGGCAGCAUGGAGUGUGGGCAGCAUGGAGUGUGGGCAGCAUGGAGUGUGGGCAGCAUGGAGUGUGGGCAGCAUGGAGUGUGGGCAGCAUGGAGUGUGGGCAGCAUGGAGUGUGGGCAGCAUGGAGUGUGGGCAGCAUGGAGUGUGGGCAGCAUGGAGUGUGGGCAGCAUGGAGUGUGGGCAGCAUGGAGUGUGGGGCAGCAUGGAGUGUGGGCAGCAUGGAGUGUGGGCAGCAUGGAGUGUGGGCAGCAUGGAGUGUGGGCAGCAUGGAGUGUGGGCAGCAUGGAGUGUGGGCAGCAUGGAGUGUGGGCAGCAUGGAGUGUGGGGCAGCAUGGAGUGUGGGCAGCAUGGAGUGUGGGCAGCAUGGAGUGUGGGCAGCAUGGAGUGUGGGCAGCAUGGAGUGUGGGCAGCAUGGAGUGUGGGCAGCAUGGAGUGUGGGCAGCAUGGAGUGUGGGCAGCAUGGAGUGUGGGCAGCAUGGAGUGUGGGCAGCAUGGAGUGUGGGGCAGCAUGGAGUGUGGGCAGCAUGGGAGUGUGGGCAGCAUGGAGUGUGGGCAGCAUGGAGUGUGGGCAGCAUGGAGUGUGGGCAGCAUGGAGUGUGGGCAGCAUGGAGUGUGGGGCAGCAUGGAGUGUGGGCAGCAUGGAGUGUGGGCAGCAUGGAGUGUGGGCAGCAUGGAGUGUGGGCAGCAUGGAGUGUGGGCAGCAUGGAGUGUGGGCAGCAUGGAGUGUGGGCAGCAUGGAGUGUGGGCAGCAUGGAGUGUGGGCAGCAUGGAGUGUGGGCAGCAUGGAGUGUGGGCAGCAUGGAGUGUGGGCAGCAUGGAGUGUGGGCAGCAUGGAGUGUGGGCAGCAUGGAGUGUGGGCAGCAUGGAGUGUGGGCAGCAUGGAGUGUGGGCAGCAUGGAGUGUGGGCAGCAUGGAGUGUGGGCAGCAUGGAGUGUGGGCAGCAUGGAGUGUGGGCAGCAUGGAGUGUGGGCAGCAUGGAGUGUGGGCAGCAUGGAGUGUGGGCAGCAUGGAGUGUGGGCAGCAUGGAGUGUGGGCAGCAUGGAGUGUGGGCAGCAUGGAGUGUGGGCAGCAUGGAGUGUGGGCAGCAUGGAGUGUGGGCAGCAUGGAGUGUGGGCAGCAUGGAGUGUGGGCAGCAUGGAGUGUGGCAGCAUGGAGUGUGGGCAGCAUGGAGUGUGGGCAGCAUGGAGUGUGGGCAGCAUGGAGUGUGGGCAGCAUGGAGUGUGGGCAGCAUGGAGUGUGGGCAGCAUGGAGUGUGGGCAGCAUGGAGUGUGGGCAGCAUGGAGGUGUUGGGCAGCAUGGAGUGUGGGCAGCAUGGAGUGUGGGCAGCAUGGAGUGUGGGCCAGCAUGGAGUGUGGGCAGCAUGGGAGUGUGGGCAGCAUGGAGUGUGGGCAGCAUGGAGUGUGGGCAGCAUGGAGUGUGGGCAGCAUGGAGUGUGGGCAGCAUGGAGUGUGGGCAGCAUGGAGUGUGGGCAGCAUGGAGUGUGGGCAGCAUGGAGUGUGGGCAGCAUGGAGUGUGGGCAGCAUGGGAGUGUGGGCAGCAUGGAGUGUGGGCAGCAUGGAGUGUGGGCAGCAUGGAGUGUGGGCAGCAUGGAGUGUGGCAGCAUGGAGUGUGGGCAGCAUGGAGUGUGGGCAGCAUGGAGUGUGGGCAGCAUGGAGUGUGGGCAGCAUGGAGUGUGGGCAGCAUGGAGUGUGGGCAGCAUGAGUGUGGGCAGCAUGGAGUGUGGGCAGCAUGGAGUGUGGGCAGCAUGGAGUGUGGGCAGCAUGGAGUGUUGGGCAGCAUGGAGUGUGGGCAGCAUGGAGUGUGGGCAGCAUGGAGUGUGGGCAGCAUGGAGUGUGGGCAGCAUGGAGUGUGGGCAGCAUGGAGUGUGGGCAGCAUGGAGUGUGGGCAGCAUGGAGUGUGGGCAGCAUGGAGUGUGGGCAGCAUGGAGUGUGGGCAGCAUGGAGUGUGGGCAGCAUGGAGUGUGGGCAGCAUGGAGUGUGGGCAGCAUGGAGUGUGGGCAGCAUGGAGUGUGGGCAGCAUGGAGUGUGGGCAGCAUGGAGUGUGGGCAGCAUGGAGUGUGGGCAGCAUGGAGUGUGGGCAGCAUGGAGUGUGGGCAGCAUGGAGUGUGGGCAGCAUGGAGUGUGGGCAGCAUGGAGUGUGGGCAGCAUGGAGUGUGGGCAGCAUGGAGUGUGGGCAGCAUGGAGUGUGGGCAGCAUGGAGUGUGGGCAGCAUGGAGUGUGGGCAGCAUGGAGUGUGGGCAGCAUGGAGUGUGGGCAGCAUGGAGUGUGGGCAGCAUGGAGUGUGGGCAGCAUGGAGUGUGGGCAGCAUGGAGUGUGGGCAGCAUGGAGUGUGGGCAGCAUGGAGUGUGGGCAGCAUGGAGUGUGGGCAGCAUGGAGUGUGGGCAGCAUGGAGUGUGGGCAGCAUGGAGUGUGGGCAGCAUGGAGUGUGGGCAGCAUGGAGUGUGGGCAGCAUGGAGUGUGGGCAGCAUGGAGUGUGGGCAGCAUGGAGUGUGGGCAGCAUGGAGUGUGGGCAGCAUGGAGUGUGGGCAGCAUGGAGUGUGGGCAGCAUGGAGUGUGGGCAGCAUGGAGUGUGGGCAGCAUGGAGUGUGGGCAGCAUGGAGUGUGGGCAGCAUGGAGUGUGGGCAGCAUGGAGUGUGGGCAGCAUGGAGUGUGGGCAGCAUGGAGUGUGGGCAGCAUGGAGUGUGGGCAGCAUGGAGUGUGGGCAGCAUGGAGUGUGGGCAGCAUGGAGUGUGGGCAGCAUGGAGUGUGGGCAGCAUGGAGUGUGGGCAGCAUGGAGUGUGGGCAGCAUGGAGUGUGGGCAGCAUGGAGUGUGGGCAGCAUGGAGUGUGGGCAGCAUGGAGUGUGGGCAGCAUGGAGUGUGGGCAGCAUGGAGUGUGGGCAGCAUGGAGUGUGGGCAGCAUGGAGUGUGGGCAGCAUGGAGUGUGGGCAGCAUGGAGUGUGGGCAGCAUGGAGUGUGGGCAGCAUGGAGUGUGGGCAGCAUGGAGUGUGGGCAGCAUGGAGUGUGGGCAGCAUGGAGUGUGGGCAGCAUGGAGUGUGGGCAGCAUGGAGUGUGGGCAGCAUGGAGUGUGGGCAGCAUGGAGUGUGGGCAGCAUGGAGUGUGGGCAGCAUGGAGUGUGGGCAGCAUGGAGUGUGGGCAGCAUGGAGUGUGGGCAGCAUGGAGUGUGGGCAGCAUGGAGUGUGGGCAGCAUGGAGUGUGGGCAGCAUGGAGUGUGGGCAGCAUGGAGUGUGGGCAGCAUGGAGUGUGGGCAGCAUGGAGUGUGGGCAGCAUGGAGUGUGGGCAGCAUGGAGUGUGGGCAGCAUGGAGUGUGGGCAGCAUGGAGUGUGGGCAGCAUGGAGUGUGGGCAGCAUGGAGUGUGGGCAGCAUGGAGUGUGGGCAGCAUGGAGUGUGGGCAGCAUGGAGUGUGGGCAGCAUGGAGUGUGGGCAGCAUGGAGUGUGGGCAGCAUGGAGUGUGGGCAGCAUGGAGUGUGGGCAGCAUGGGAGUGUGGGCAGCAUGGAGUGUGGGCAGCAUGGAGUGUGGGCAGCAUGGAGUGUGGGCAGCAUGGAGUGUGGGCAGCAUGGAGUGUGGGCAGCAUGGAGUGUGGGCAGCAUGGAGUGUGGGCAGCAUGGAGUGUGGGCAGCAUGGGAGUGUGGGCAGCAUGGAGUGUGGGCAGCAUGGAGUGUGGCAGCAUGGAGUAGUGGGCAGCAUGGAGUGUGGGGCAGCAUGGAGUGUGGGCAGCAUGGAGUGUGGGCAGCAUGGAGUGUGGGCAGCAUGGAGUGUGGGCAGCAUGGAGUGUGGGCAGCAUGGAGUGUGGGCAGCAUGAGUGUGGGCAGCAUGGAGUGUGGGCAGCAUGGAGUUGGGCAGCAUGGAGUGUGGGCAGCAUGGAGUGUGGGCAGCAUGGAGUGUGGGCAGCAUGGAGUGUGGGCAGCAUGGAGUGUGGGCAGCAUGGAGUGUGGGCAGCAUGGAGUGUGGGCAGCAUGGAGUGUGGGCAGCAUGGAGUGUGGGCAGCAUGGAGUGUGGGCAGCAUGGAGUGUGGGCAGCAUGGAGUGUGGGCAGCAUGGAGUGUGGGCAGCAUGGAGUGUGGGCAGCAUGGAGUGUGGGCAGCAUGGAGUGUGGGCAGCAUGGAGUGUGGGCAGCAUGGAGUGUGGGCAGCAUGGAGUGUGGGCAGCAUGGAGUGUGGGCAGCAUGGAGUGUGGGCAGCAUGGAGUGUGGGCAGCAUGGAGUGUGGGCAGCAUGGAGUGUGGGCAGCAUGGAGUGUGGGCAGCAUGGAGUGUGGGCAGCAUGGAGUGUGGGCAGCAUGGAGUGUGGGCAGCAUGGAGUGUGGGCAGCAUGGAGUGUGGGCAGCAUGGAGUGUGGGCAGCAUGGAGUGUGGGCAGCAUGGAGUGUGGGCAGCAUGGAGUGUGGGCAGCAUGGAGUGUGGGCAGCAUGGAGUGUGGGCAGCAUGGAGUGUGGGCAGCAUGGAGUGUGGUGCAGCAUGGAGUGUGGGCAGCAUGGAGUGUGGGCAGCAUGGAGUGUGGCAGCAUGGAGUGUGGGCAGCAUGGAGUGUGGGCAGCAUGGAGUGUGGGCAGCAUGGAGUGUGGGCAGCAUGGAGUGUGGGCAGCAUGGAGUGUGGGCAGCAUGGAGUUGUGGCCAGGCAGCAUGGAGUGUGGGCAGCAUGGAGUGUGGGCAGCACAUGGAG